UAAAAAAGAGUACAAAACAGGUUACAGGGCGGUACUUCCUGUGAAUUACUUCCGGUUUACUGUGACGUACCCGGAAGUGACCUCCUUCCAGGAACGUUUUGUGUGCACUGACCGAUGAGAGUUGCGGUGUAGUGUUGGAGAAAUAUUUCAUACGAUGUGAAGAGAAAACCAUCAGAUAAAUUCUCCUGAGGUUUAUCCGGAAGUGUACAAGAUGACGACGAUCGUCCACGACGCCUCCGAGUCCGUCCUCCUGUGUCGGGACUACAACCUGUACCUGAAACCCAUCGCCAAGAUGACCAUCAGCGUUUCACUUCCUCAGCUCAAGAUGCCCGGGAAGUCCAUCUCCAACUGGGAGGUGAUGGAGCGCCUGAAGAGCAUGGUUCACCCGGAGCAGUUUUCCUCUCUCCGGAUCUCCAAAAGCACCAUGGAUUACAUCCGCUUCGAGGGCGAGGCGGAGAACAAGAGCGCCGUCAAGCGCUUUCUGAACAACUUGGACGGGAAGAGCAUCAAACUCAGCGGCUUUACCGACGUCCUGAAGGUGCGCGCUGCUGAACCCAAGAUGGACUUCCCCACGCGUCAUGACUGGGACUCGUUUUUCCGGGACGCUAAGGACAUGAACGAGACUGUUCCGGGAGAGAGACCAGACACCAUCCAUGUGGAAGGACUUCCCUGCAAAUGGUUCGCCCAGAAAGACACGUCAUCAGACAAACCUUCAGAAGACGUCCUGAAGUGCGUGUUCGAAAAAUUCGGGAAGAUCCGGAACGUCGACAUUCCCAUGCUCGAUCCGUACAGGGAGGAAAUGACGGGAAAGAACUUCAACACGUUCUCGUUCGGUGGCCAUUUAAACUUCGAAGGUUACAUCCAGUAUGAGGAUCACACGGGGUUUGUGAAGGCCAUGAGCUCGCUGAGGGGAAUGAAGCUGCUGUACAAGGGCGAGGACGGGAAAGCCAUGGCAUGCGGGAUUAAGGUGAGCUUUGACACAACCAAACACCUGAGUGACUCCUCGCUGAAAAAGAGACACCAGGAGCGCAUGAAGCUUCAGGAGCUAGAAAGGCAGAGAGAGGAGCUGAAAAGAAGAGAGAAGGAGGAGGAGGAGAGACGCAAGGAAGAAGAACGAAAGCAGCGUGAGCUGGAGGAGGAAGAGAAGGAAAAGCGCAGAGAGGAAAAGCUGAGGAAACGAGAGCAGAAACUGAGGGAGCGCGAGGAGAAGAAGAACCAGAAGAAAGUGAAGAAGCAGCAGGAGGAGGAGCAAAAGAAACUCCACCAGAAAAUCGCCAUGGAGGAACGGAAGCUGCUCCUGGCACAGAGGAACCUGGAGUCCAUCAGGCUAAUCGCAGAGCUGCUGAGCAGAGCUAAGGCCAUGAAGCAGCAGCAGUUGGAGCGAGAGACGGCAGAACUCGCCCGUUUGCAGAAAGAGGCUGAGAUUCGUCGCCAGCAGGAGGCGGAGCUUCGCCGUGCACAGGAGGUGGAGCUACGGCGGGUGGAGGGUGAAAAGGCUCGAGCUCUGGAGCUCCAGAGGAAAGAACGAGAGCUGAGGGACCGAUUGCUGGGGAACCUUCUGAAAAAAAGCACGAACCAGGGGGCGGAGUCUAACGGUGACGUUCAGGAAUGGGAGGGGCCCAGCGCUGAACCUCCCACCAUGGAGGGGCCUAACGGAAUCCCCACCUCUGUCACUAAGAGUCGCCAAGAGAGCAAAUCAAGGAAAGGAGAGGAGCGAAGAACCUCAAGAGAAAGGAAUCGCAGUUGUGGGAGGAGCCAAAGUCAGGGUAGGAAUGAUCAAAGGAGGAGCACGAACCGACGUAACCGAUACGGACACAGCCCGAGUCGAAGCGGGAGUGGUCAGAGACGCACCCGAAACAGGAGGUCCAGCCGUGGGCGGAGCUCGAGCGGUAGCCGAAGGCGGCAUAGCCGGGAUAGGCGGAGCCAAAGAAGUGGGCGGAGCCAUAGGUACAGUCACGGAUGGAGCAGCAGCAGUAGUAGCAGCGGAAGGAGCGUGAGCCGUUCCUCCAGUCGAGGGCGGAGUCGACGAUCCAGGCGACACUGAAAGUUAUUUCAAACAAAAAUAAAAUAAAUAGCAAAAAAAACCCCUAAUUACUAGCGAUAAUUUCGGGAAUGGUGUUAAUUUGCAUGUGGUGCUGCUUAGAACCUCGGAAGAGAACCCUGGAGUCAUGAAGGUGGAGCUACAGUGCUAAACACAUGGAGAUUCCACCAGAACUGCUAGGUUAUAUUUCACUCGCCUUAGCACGAGGAUGCUGUAAGGUUACAUGGAUAGCGUUUUUCAUCACUGAAACAGAUUCAUGCUAAACAAAGGAUUCAGUAGGGCUUUGUACCCAAUCGCUCAAAUUAUUAGGCUAGCAUAUUCAUCCUGACUGAUUAGCGCGAUCCCACCGUUGAAGCACAUUUAUAAACAGAUUACACCCAAAUUCCUAGGUUACGUUUGGCUUGUUUUGAUUAAGUGCUGUUAAAAAUGUUCUUAUAGAGCUAGCUGAAGUAAUCCUAAUGCUUAAUUUACAUUGAAAUUGCUUCCACCAUGUUGUUGGAUACGUCAGCAUGCUAGCUGUGUUGCGUUAGCGUGGUAUUUACACACGGAGUGGGUAAAACGCUAACCGAAGUCAGCACCAUGGGUGUUAACCUGUUGUAAACUUGGCCAGUAAUUAUUUCAGACCCGCUCUCAGUGUUAGGACGGAUCGAGUCGAGCGACACUAAGAGUAUAAUCUAAUAAACAAAUUCCUAGCGAUUGGUUCCACAAUGGUGCUUUAAAUACCGCUGCGAGAGCGCACGUGAGACGGCGAGAUAGAUCAUGAGAGAAGGACUGUGUACACUUUUAUACAAGCAAACAUUUCUGCUGUUGUGAUGUUCUGAGUCGUUAUAAAGGGGCGGGUUUUAUUUAGCGGAGUGAUGUAGCGAAUACCGAAGCUGCUCACUGAGCUUACUGAGCUUCGACAGCAGAGCUCCAGGGGAUCGCACGGACCUCGGGGAAGCGUUACGUUAUUGAAAAGGUCUGUGAUUGGGACUGGUUUUGUUGGCAGCGUGCUAUGUUUAACGUUAAAUACACGUGGCGUGAGGUGACUUGAUGGCAUGUAUCCUGCUGAUUGAUCAGCGUUCUUGGAUCGUCGGCUCAGAUUAAUUUAUAUUUGAUUACUCACGCUCAGUCCUGGUCUUAUGUCCUCACCGGUAGCCUUAGUUUGAAGUUUUCUUUACCAUCGUUAAUUACAAAAUAUAAUUCAAUAUGAUAAUGACUUCAUAUGAGCUAGGUAGUUAGCUAAAUGCAGCGCCGCGCUAACGUCGGGCCUCGUUUAUCCUGCUGGAUACGAACGUGUAAAUUGUUUGUAUGAGCUCAAGUUCACGUGAGAAAUUUAGUAAACUUUCGUGACCUGCUCGCGACCUGCUCGCGACCUGCUCGUGCUGCUGAGCGUGUAAAUGUGUGCAUAAGGAAAGUCAGUAAUGUAAACCUGCACUGAUUGGUUUGAUAUUCAGUUUGCGUUUAUACACUGAUUGCGCUCGCGGUUAAAUAGCUCCUGUAUUUCUAGUUACACAAAUUAAAUGAAACGUCUGUGAAACCCGGUCGUUUCCUAUUAAAGGAAUAAUUACAAUAAAUAAAAAAAAUAAAAAAAACAAGCAAACCGAAAUGAUGACAAAUAAGACCAGUAAUACAAUUAAGAAGGAAGACUGGUGUGUGUGUGUGUGUGUGUGUGUGGGUGUGUGUGUGUGUGUGUGUUUCUCAUUUUCAGACCAUUUUCUUUUAACUUCAUCCUGUGCAGAAAUUGUUGGAGAUUUGUGGGCGUGGCUAAAUGCAAAUCAGCUUGCUCUCAGAAUAACUAGCAACAUAGCUUAUGGUAUAUUAUAUAUUAUAGUGUAUGAUAGUAUAGAAUAUUAUACAGUUAAAAGCCAGUGAGUUUUGUGAGGGCGAGUUAGGGAAACUUUAUGAGGCUGUAUGGUCAUGUUUGUAUUAUUCCAUUCCUUCUUUGUCGAUCCAAGAACGCCUGGCCUUCAGUAAAGUCACGAUGCUCGUGUUCUUUGUGCUGUUACCUGCUUUCUGCUUUCAGACACAGCAAAGCCAAAGACAUUAGUUGGUUUUCUGUAGAUAAAGCACCAAUGUUCUGAAGAGGAGAGAGAGACGUUUUGCUGCUUGAAUGUAAGAGACCUCACAUCUCAUGGACUUUCCCCCCAGUGUUUCCUGCUGUGUGAUUUAAACACAGCACAGAAGUUCAGAGGAAGCUGAACACAACUGUGUAACUUUAAUUUCCUGUAAGUGUUUCAGAACCUUUUUAUUUGUAGUGAGUUAGCGUUAGCCUGCACUCUGCGUGUCGACAUUUCUGAGGAAUUUUCCUGUUUUUAUGUCAGAUUAAAUUAGUGCUGUUUUAUUCUUCAGAAUGUUUUUGUGUUAGUUUUUUAUGUUAUUUUUGCUGUUUAUGUUCAAAGGAAAAACAAGAACGAAUAUUCUCUGGUCAAUAAAUUUAUUGCCGUUAUUCCAGACUGAA